AUGCACAAAUACAGUGAGCGGCAACAGAUAGUCCGCGAUCUCUUCAUGUUACUUAUAUUCCUCCACCAAAAUGAGACCGACAACCUCCUUGACUCAUCCAUCAAAAUUCCAAUUGUUCCGUCACUUGGUCAAAUCACGGCCCCUAGGAAUCCCGGCCGGGCAUUACUGCUAGAUCUUUUGUUUGAUGAUGAGGCGAUGGUGUCAGAUCUUUUGCAGCUGGUACUGUCAAACCAAUACCUACACGACCGAUUGCCAGGAAGAACACACGAUGAAUUCAAUUUGGCACAGCUUUUCGACAUGCGAGAUGACGACUUCAAGCAGGCGGUCCGGACUACGAAGCCUGGUUUCAUCUGGCUCUUGAACGAAAUCCAGUUAAACCCAGUUUUUCACAGUGGAAGCUUCCGUCCUCAACUGCCCAUUGCCCAUCAAUUGGCUCUCACGCUUGAGAGGCUUGGUUCGAAUGGCAACGGCGCCUCGGUUGGACGUUUCUCUAGGAACUUGAGUGUUGGCCGCGGGACUGUUGUCAAGGCUAGUCGUAGGGUCAUACAGGCAAUCAAUGAUUUAUCAGGUCGUUACCUGCUCUGGCCUGACACCGAUCGAAGAAGGGAGAUUUCUGAAGUCAUGAAGGAGGAAGGUUUUGAAGGCUGCGUGGGUUUUGUUGACGGGACGACAAUUCCUCUCUACCAGCGACCUUCGAUCGAUGGCGAGGUGUUCUUUGAUCGCAAAAAACGGUAUUCGAUCAAUUGUCAGGUCAUUUGCGACUGCGACCAAUUUAUCACGGCUUACAUGACGGGCUGGCCUGGUUCGUGCGGCGACAGCAUGGUUUUCAAACGGAUGCUGUUACAUCAAGAGCCGGAGAAAUUCUUUGGUGAUGGACAAUACCUCAUAGCCGACUCGGCCUAUGAGUUGGGAGUCCAUUGCAUCCCUGCAUACAAAGCGCCUGCGGCGUUUAUUCUGGAGAACACGGAAUUCAAUUACUGUUUGGCAAGGUCGCGUGUUAGGAACGAACAUACGAUUGGCAUUCUAAAGGGACGGUGGGCAUCGCUACAGGAUCUGCGACUGGCUAUUCAAAAGCCUACCGACAUGAUCGAGAUCAUACGUUGGAUAAAUUGCUGUGUAACAUUACACAACAUGCUGGCGCAUCUCGGUGAUGCAUGGGACGAGUUGGACGCAUCUACCAAUGACACUCCAACUGGGGAGGCAAUGGGGAGGAAUGAUGAUACUCCAAAGGAUUUCCGGAAUCGUGUUCAGACAAUAUGCUUAGAGAAGAACUACGAGCUGGGGGUUUUGCCGAUAUAG